GCACCUACCACUGGUGGAGAAGCGCAGGGGAGAGGCGAGCGUCUCUUCCCCGGCCUCGCGCCGCUAAUCCGGGCGCCUCGGCCUGGCGCUAAAUUUAAAAACGAAGCGCGAGCGAGCGCAGUUUGGUCCCGGAAACGAAACCGAAUUCUACCCGUGGGUCGUCUCCUGGGCUCGGCCAGUCCCUUAGCGCGCCGCGCCACCCGGAGUCGACCCUCCUCCCGCCAUUUCCGGCGGGGCGCGGGGGCUGGGGCCUGUGGCUACGGGUUUGUGGCCGCGCGCGCGUCCCGGAGGAGGCGGGCGCCAUGGCCACGCGCGUGGACUGCGGGGACGGGGCUCGCGCCCGGCAGCACGUAUUCCUGGUUCCAGAAUAUUUAAAAGAUGCUUCAAAGAAGACGAAAAGUGGCCUGAUGUUUGUAAAAUUGGUUAACCCUUGUUCAGGGGAAGGAGCCAUUUACUUGUUCAAUAUGUGUCUACACCAGCUGUUUGAAAUCAAAGUUUUCAAGGAAAAGCACCACUCUUGGUUUAUAAAUCAGUCAGUUCAAUCAGGAGGUCUCCUGCACUUCGCCACACCCAUGGACCCCCUGUUUUUGCUCCUCCACUACCUCAUACUGGCCAACAAACAGGGAAAGUUUCAGCCUCUAGAUCAGGUGGUGGUGGAUGAUGCAUUUCCRAAUUGUGUCUUGUUGCUGAAACUUCCUGAACUUGAGAAAGUACUUCACCAYGUGACAGAGGAAAAAGAAAUAGGCAACAAGAAAUAUUACAAGUAUAGCAAAGAGAAGACAUUGAAGUGGCUGGAAAAAAAGGUUAAACAAACUGUGGCAGCAUUAAAAACCAGUAAUGUCACUGUCAGUGCUCGGGUGCAGUCAUCUGCAUUUUUCUCUGGUAACCAGGUUUUGAAUGACAAGGAAGAGGAUUACAUUCGUUAUGCCCAUGGUCUGAUAUCUGAUUAUAUCCCUAAAGAAUUAAGUGAUGACUUAUCCAAAUAUCUAAAGCUUCCAGAACCUUCAGCUCCAUUGCCAAACCCUCCAUCAAAGAAACUAAAGUUAUCAGAUGAGCCUGUAGAAGCCAAAGAAGAUUACACUAAGUUUAACACAAAAGAUUUCAAGACUGAAAAGGUCAUCUUUUGAAUAUAAUAGAUUGUGCUUGGUUUCCCAUAGAGCAAAUGAAUAAAAUCAGAUGAAAACAAGCAAAAUGACUGCAGCUCAGAAGGCUUUGGCUAAAGUUGACAAGAGUGGAAUGAAAAGUAUUGAUGCCUUUU